UUUGUCAACAAAUAAUCACGUGACGUACAAGAUGGUGGUCGUACUUUCUGUUCCCGACCUUUCAGACAGGAAACAUUGAUACAAUCUCCACUGUUUCCAGGAUCUGCUGUCGAUCGAUUGACUGUUGUUUGUAGAUCGUAUUUAAUUUUAUCUUAAGAGAAGCCGUCAGUGGUGACGAUGAAAUCGAUAGAGGCCAAAGUCGUCGUUCUCGGAUCGCAGGGUGUGGGUAAGACCAGCGUGGUGAUUCGCUAUGUCGGAGGAAUGUUCAGUAAGGCCGUCAGUCCAACCAUAGGGGCCUCCUUCUUUACCUAUAAAAUGACACUAAACAACUACAGAAUAAAACUCCAGGUUUGGGAUACAGCAGGACAGGAGAGAUUCAGGUCUAUGGCUCCCAUGUAUUACAGAAAGGCAAACGCUGCCAUGUUGAUCUACGACCUCACUUCAGCGGACAGCUUCUAUGAUAUCAAGGACUGGGUCGGCGAACUGAAGAAAAAUGUUGACACGCCUAUAGUAAUGUGUCUGGUUGGUAACAAGUGUGAUAUGUCAGAUUGCCGUGAGGUCACGUCCAUUGAUGCAGAGGAAUACGCCUCAACCAUCGGCGCCCUCAACCACGAAACAUCUGCCCUCAAAAACACAGGUAUAGACGAGGCAUUCCUACAGGUAGCCCAGCAGCUGAUCAAACUUUACGAGACGUCACCUAAUUCUGGACUCCAUACAGUGGACACAGCUGACCAUUCGUCCCCAGCGCCGGCUCCCACGGACACGGGUGAUACAUUCCGCCUCGCCUCCCAGGCCACGCCCCCUAGUGACAGCUCCCAGUGUUCCUGCUGAUAACGACUGUGAUAGGACGUUAAUUAUUCAUUGUGUUGGACUAAAGUGGCAUUGUAAGAAUUCCAUGAAAUACAUUUCCAUUUAUAUUGACAGACAGCAAACCUUGAUUCCGACUCCUUACCUUAUAAGGACCUGUCGGUCACUGGUAAAUAAGUUGUCUGAUAACUCAUAAGCUGGUAUGGUGGUGUAUACAUUCAAACUCCUAGGUAAAAAUUCACAAAGCAGUGGUUUAUAAUAAACAUUUUUAGGAUACAGUUAGAUUAAGCAAAGUUAAUCAAUAUUGAACAUCUGGGCUGGGAAUUGAGAUCAGAGGGGUCACCAUCGUUCAGGGAAGGUAACUGUAUACCAGAUUUAUAUAAUAAAAAAAUUGUACAUAAAAAUUAAUAGAGAAUUCAAAUAGGAAUUUUACUUCAUACGGUUGCCAUUCUAAAUGAUCCAAAUAAGUCAAUGUCAUUUGGUUGUCACACAGGUUAUAUGAUGUCAUUGAAGGUCACAAGGUCAUCUGAGGUCAUUGACUAUCAAACAGGUAUUUCAGGUCAUUGAAGGUCACAUGAGGUCAGGUCACAUGAGGUCAGGUCACCUGAGGUCACGGCUUGUCACACAGAUUUUCUAAGUUAAUGUUAGAUUGUACAUGGUGACUCCAGUUUUCAUGGGUGACUGAACACAGUGACCCUUGUGUCAUGGUUGACUGUACAUAGUGACCCUUGUGUCAUGGUUGACUUACAUGGUGACCUCGUUUCAUGGUUGACUGUACACAGUGACCCUUGUGUCAUGGUUGACUGUACAUAGUGACCCUUGUGUCAUGGUUGACUUACAUGGUGACCUCGUUUCAUGGUUGACUGUACACAGUGACCCUUGUGUCAUGGUUGACUAGACAUGGUGACCUCGUUUCAUGGUUGACUGUACAUGGUGACCCUUGUGUCUUGGUUGACUAAACAUGGUUACACUUGUGUAAUGGUUGACUCGUCAUGGUGGCCUCUGUUUAGAUUAUAUAUGGCUUUAGUGCUUUUUUCCUCCUGACAUCUUGUUUAUAUAAAGCUUGCAUCAAGUUGUAAAAUAAGAGGUUUAUUUAAGUUGCUCAAUGUAAUAUUUAUUGUAUGUACAGUGCCAUACAUAAACAUUAGAGGCAGUGCACUGUUAAAUGUAUUAUGUUGAUAUUAAACUCCUUUAAAUUAAAUCUAUGAGAUAUUCAUACUCAUAUAUACUGUUCUUACAAUAUUUAGCGCCCAAAGAGUGUAAAAAAUAGAAAACGGGGGAUGUUAAACGAUUUGUUAAAAACUGCAUUUCUAAAAUGUUUGUGAUGGUUUUCAUAGCCCUUGCAUUAAGUUAGGAAAUUUUGACACUGUGGAUGAGGACUUUUAAAUGAUUUCAAGAAGAGAUUAAGGCAGGCAGCACCUAUAGGAUGUAGGAAACUUAAAAUGGCAAAUACAGUAUCAAUGAAACACCUUUUUUUAUAAACUUGACAGAGACUAUCGAUAUAAACCAUCUGAAAAUUUAGCCUUUUUUGUUCUUUCCUUUGUUAUGUUUUUAUCGACAGGUUUGCAUGAUACAGAUUAAGGGACCAUAGGACAUCGCAAAAUAUAUAGAAACUUUGAGGCGAUUGUCUAUUUUCAAUGACAAUGUACAAAAUGGUCGAACUAAGAGCUGUGGUUAUCGCAGCUACCUAUAUUCUCGAAGCUUUAAUUCAUUGUGUAGCAGUAAAACCUGAUACCCAGAUAACAAUAGGUACACUAGGUAAAAGAAAAUCUGGGGAGACACUGGUUCUGUUAUCAAAUAUCUGUCUCACAUUAUGAAAAGUUCUUUUUAAACAACCAAUACAUUUUCAUUUUUUUUAUGACGUUUCGAUGACUAGUACGAUAUGU